AUGGCGCUGGCCCCGGGACCCCGGGCGCCCGCGCUCGGGACCCUGGCUACCUUGCUGUGGCUGCUGAUGCCGCUGCCGCCGGCGCCUCUGGGGCUUUCCCCCCACAUGGCCGCGGGGCUGGAUUACCCCUGGGACACUGCCUUCGAUUACUCGGUGCUGGAAGAAGGGGAGGAUGCCCAGGAGCCGCUAGAUUAUCACGACCCCUGCAAAGCUGCUGUCUUUUGGGGAGAUAUUGCACUAGAUGAAGAUGACCUGAAGCUAUUUCAUGUUGAUAAAACUAUGAAUUCAUCCAAGCCUUCGAUAGAGAGAACUGGACACACCACAGGUGGCCUUGGAGAACAACUUCAUGAAAUUGGGCUGAAUGCCACAAGUUCCAAUCAUAGUACCAAGAAAGUUAAAAAGGGUGGCAGGCAGAACUCCAUGCUUCUACGGAGACCCAAGAAAAAAGGCCCAAAGGCUGGACCUGUGGAGUCUUCACCCCGAGUCCGAAGGGCAACAACUUCAAGGACCGAGAGGAUCUGGCCUGGAGGGGUGAUUCCUUAUGUCAUUGGAGGAAAUUUCACAGGAAGCCAGCGGGCCAUUUUUAAACAGGCCAUGAGGCACUGGGAGAAACACACCUGUGUGACCUUUAUUGAGAGAACAGAUGAGGAAAGUUUCAUUGUGUUCAGUUACAGAACAUGUGGAUGUUGUUCCUAUGUUGGGCGCCGAGGUGGAGGUCCCCAGGCCAUAUCCAUUGGGAAGAAUUGUGAUAAGUUUGGUAUUGUGGCUCAUGAACUUGGCCAUGUUGUUGGGUUCUGGCAUGAACAUACUCGGCCUGACCGAGACCAGCAUGUAACUAUCAUCAGAGAAAAUAUCCAGCAAGGUCAGGAGUACAACUUCCUAAAAAUGGAAGCUGGGGAGGUGAAUUCGCUGGGAGAGACGUACGACUUUGACAGUAUCAUGCAUUAUGCCCGGAACACGUUCUCAAGAGGAGUUUUCUUAGACACAAUUCUCCCCCGUCGAGAUGACAGUGGUGUGCGACCGACCAUUGGCCAACGGGUUCGGCUCAGCCAGGGAGACAUAGCCCAAGCCAGGAAGCUGUACAAGUGCCCAGCCUGUGGAGAGACUCUGCAGGACACAACAGGGAACUUUUCUGCACCUGGUUUCCCAAAUGGUUAUCCUUCCUAUUCCCAUUGUGUCUGGAGGAUAUCUGUCACUCCUGGGGAAAAGAUUAUUCUGAAUUUCACAUCUAUGGACCUGUUUAAAAGCCGUCUGUGUUGGUAUGAUUACGUCGAGGUCCGAGAUGGUUACUGGAGAAAGGCCCCACUCUUGGGUAGAUUUUGUGGUGACAAAGUGCCAGAACCCCUCAUCUCCACUGACAGUCGCCUUUGGGUUGAGUUUCGAAGCAGCAGCAACAUCCUGGGCAAGGGUUUCUUUGCAAUCUAUGAAGCUAUAUGUGGGGGAGACAUUAACAAAGAUGCGGGCCAGAUCCAGUCUCCCAACUACCCAGAUGACUACCGGCCAUCUAAGGAAUGCAUUUGGAAGAUCACUGUUUCUGAGGGGUUUCACGUGGGGCUGACUUUCCAAGCAUUUGAGAUUGAGAGACAUGACAGCUGUGCCUAUGACUACCUGGAAAUUCGGGACGGUGCCACGGAAGACAGUGUUUUGAUUGGUCACUUCUGUGGCUAUGAGAAACCAGAUGAUAUCAAGUCCAGCUCCAACAAAAUGUGGAUGAAGUUUGUAUCGGAUGGCUCUAUCAAUAAAGCAGGGUUUGCUGCCAAUUUUUUUAAGGAAGUUGAUGAAUGUUCCUGGCCAGACAGGAAUGGGUGUGAACAGCGCUGUGUGAAUACACUGGGCAGCUACAAAUGUGCUUGUGAUCCUGGCUUUGAAUUGACAGCUGAUAAGAAGACUUGUGAAGUGGCCUGUGGUGGCUUUAUGACCAAGCUUAAUGGAACCAUUACUAGCCCUGGAUGGCCUAAGGAAUACCCCACAAAUAAAAACUGUGUAUGGCAAGUGGUGGCUCCAGCCCAGUACAGAAUCUCCCUCCAGUUUGAAGUGUUUGAGCUAGAAGGCAACGACGUUUGUAAAUAUGAUUACGUGGAGAUCCGAAGUGGGUUGUCCUCUGAUUCCAAGCUUCAUGGAAAGUUUUGUGGCUCUGAGAAGCCCGAGGUGAUUACCUCCCAAAGCAACAACAUGAGGGUGGAGUUCAAAUCGGAUAACACUGUUUCUAAACAUGGCUUCAAAGCCCACUUCUUCUCAGACAAAGAUGAAUGCUCUAAGGACAAUGGUGGGUGUCAACAUGAUUGCAUCAACACAUUUGGAAGCUAUAUUUGCCAAUGUAAAAAUGGAUUUGUACUUCAUGAGAAUGGCCAUGAUUGCAAAGAAGCUGGCUGUGAACACAGGCUUAACAGUGCAGAAGGAACAAUGGCAAGUCCAAACUGGCCUGAUAAAUAUCCCAGUCGAAAAGAGUGUACCUGGAACAUUUCUUCUACUCCUGGUCAUCGGGUAAAAAUUACUUUUAAUGAAUUUGAAAUUGAGCAGCACCAGGAAUGUGCUUAUGAUCACCUGGAGAUGUAUGAUGGACCCAACAGCAAGUCCCCAAUCCUUGGCCGUUUCUGUGGGAGCAAGAAGCCGGAUCCUGUGGUGGCUUCUACAAACAGGAUGUUUCUCAGGUUCUAUUCUGAUGCAUCAGUGCAGAGGAAAGGGUUCCAGGCAAGACAUAGCACAGAAUGUGGUGGUCGGCUGAAGGCAGAAGUCCAGACCAAAGACCUCUAUUCCCAUGCUCAGUUUGGUGACAACAAUUAUUCUGGACAUUCUCGGUGUGACUGGGUGAUUGCAGCAGAGGAUGGAUAUGGUGUGGAAUUGAUAUUCCAGACAUUUGAAGUUGAAGAGGAGGCAGAUUGUGGAUAUGACUACAUGGAGGCCUUUGAUGGCUAUGACAGCACAGCCCCACGGCUGGGCAGGUUCUGCGGUUCCGGGCCUUUAGAAGAAAUCUACUCUGCAGGAGACUCACUGAUGAUACGCUUUCACACAGAUGACACCAUCAACAAGAAAGGCUUUCAUGCCCGAUAUACAAGCACCAAAUUUCAAGAUGCUCUACACAUGAGGAAGUAG